UGUAGUGCAGGUAGGCCAACGUAUCCUCCCGGGUGACAAGAGACAUUUGGAGGUCAACUCCCUCCAGAACUAUGACGUCAUCGUCCACGUCAUCCCCCAGCUUACCCUCCCGCUUUAAGUAGAGUGCUCAUGUGUUUAUUGGUUUUUAUCAAAUCAACCCCUUCCUUUCCAUUUCAUCUUCCCUUUAUUCCUCUCUCUGUCUCUCUCUCAACCAAAACCUUGGCAAAACCCCUGAGACACAAAGCAUGUUUGGACACAACAGCAAUGGACUUCCCUAUCCUUAUGACCACUACUCCUCAGAGUUCCAAGGCCAGUUCCCAUUCCCAGACACCACAACCAUCACCACCCACCCAACAUUCCCAUCACCUCCACUAUACCUCCCCCCUCUCGCCAUCCCCGCUGAGCUCGACUCCCUGUCGGCAUUGAGGUCAGAGCUCGGCCACACGAGCAGCGGGUGCAGCAGCUAUGGUGGCUCUCCCAGUUCAAUAACUAGCUAUGGAACAUGCAGUCCAACUUUAAUCCAGAGGAGCGUCAGCAGCCACUCCCUUCAGAAGAAUUCAGAAGUCUAUUCCCCAAUGAAUGCAUCGCCACCAGGAUACUUUGAAGCAGAGACGAGCUCCGUCAGGAAGGCUCUGAGCACCGGUGAUUUACAGGGAGUAAACCUCGGCCAACACAGUCAACGGGCAAACAGCCCGUUAGGGAACGAGAGCAGUAUAAUAGAGAGCAUGAACAGAGCCAGCCCGUACAGUCCUGAGGAGAAGAAAGAAAGGAUAGAGAGAUAUAGAAGCAAGAGAAACCUCAGGAAUUUCAAUAAGAAGAUCAAGUAUGAAUGUCGGAAGACUUUAGCAGACAGCAGACCACGCAUCAGAGGAAGGUUCGCGAGGAACGAUGAGAUAGAGAAGAUGCCUCAAAGUCAAUGGGAUCAUCAUACAGGCGUGGAGGAAGAUGAGGAGGAGGACGAUAACUGGAUCAAUUUUCUUGAUGCAUUCUCAGCAAAUCUGAUGCCUUAAUUAUCUUAUUAAUCGAUCCUAAAAGGGCUCCGCAGAUAUUUUUACAUGUGUUAGGAGCUCUUGUUCGAUGAUUGCUUUGUAUAACUACUUAUUCAAGAAUUAUUACUAAAGAAAAUAUUACCAUCUUAUGAAUUAGGAUA